ACAUUUGCCGGUUGUCAGUGUUAAAUAGAGAACUUCCAGUGUUAAAAACAAAAAUGAAAUUCAUUUUGAGCGCCCUGUGUCUGUUGGCCGUUUUGUUGGCUGUUUCUGCUGAUGCUGAUUCUGCCCAUUUCAUACCCAAAGCCUUUUAUACCUUGGACGCUGAGGGCCAUAAAUCUCAAGUGCAUCCCAUUAAUCCACAUACCGCUCAUUAUUUGAGACGUUUGCGCAGACAAACCUAUGUUUCAUCAUCCUCGUCAUCGUCGUCGGUGUCAUCCGAUGGUGGUCCAGCUUAUUUCAGCACUCACACCGUCAACCAUCACGGCAACGAAGCUGGCUACGGUACCGGCCAUGUUGUUCACACUGAUGGUGUCAUCGAUACCAAUGGUCAAGUCUACCACAAUACCCAACACGGCAUCUUCUAAGUGGAAACUUGGAAACUGAUGACGAAUGGAUCAUUACGCCGGUCAUGGAGAUGAUGACAAUGUAUUUUUUUUUUCAAAUUGUUAAACCUAUUUUAAAAUAAUUUCUAGUUUUCUCUUCGCCUUUGCAAUAUGUAAAGAUUUUUUUUGAAAUAUAUUGUCUCAGGCCUUUUUUUUUUCAAAUUAAUUUUAAAUAAAUUGAUUUGUUUUUUGUAGAA